GCGACCAAUCGGAAGCCUCGCCGCCCUGACGUCCCGAGCGUCGAGCGUGCGUGUAUGACGCAGUUUCGCAGCUGCCGCCACCCCCCCCCCGUCGCGACCCGUCGAGCGGCUGAGGCGGGUAUCGUGGGAGGCGGAGCAGCCGCCGCCGCCCUCCGGCUCUCCGUCGCAAGAGACGCCGCUGCGAGCGAGCGCUAAGCCGGGCCGCGGGCCCAACGCCGCCCUUCCCGUCUCCCUCGUCGGGAGGCCCAGCCUGGAGGAGAAGCGGCGGUUUUGAGACAUUGAAAUAACUUCAACAUGUUUAAUAAAUCUUUUGGAACGCCUUUUGGCGGCAACACAGGGGGAUUUGGGACAACUUCAACUUUUGGACAGAAUACUGGCUUUGGGGCGACCAGCGGAGGAGCCUUUGGGACGUCAGCCUUCGGAUCCAAUAACAAUGCCGGAGGACUCUUCGGUAGCACUCAGACCAAGCCAGGAGGGCUGUUUGGGGCAAGUACUUUCAGCCAGCCAGCCACGUCGUCCACUAGUACCGGUUUUGGUUUCGGCACGUCAACUGGAACUUCCAGCGGCCUAUUCGGGACCGCAAGCACAGGGGGAGGCCUCUUCUCCACCCAAAGCAAUGCCUUCGCCCAGAACAAGCCGGUGGGGUUCGGCAAUUUUGGGACAAGCACCAGCAGUGGAGGGUUGUUUGGCACCACUAACACAGCCUCCAACCCAUUUGGGGGCACAUCGGGCUCUCUUUUUGGGGCUACAAGCUUUUCCACCGUCCCUACUGGCACCACGAUUAAGUUCAAUGCACCAACUGGUACGGACACCAUGGUCAAAUCUGGCGUCAGCACCAACAUCAGCACCAAGCAUCAGUGCAUCACUGCUAUGAAGGAGUAUGAAAGCAAAUCACUCGAGGAGCUCCGUUUGGAAGACUACCAGGCCAACAGGAAAGGCCCCACCAACCCAGUGGGAGCUGGAGCCACACCAGGCUUGUUUGGAUCGUCAACCGCUACAUCCAGCACGGCCACAGGACUCUUCGGCUCCUCCACCACCAACACAGGAUUUUCGUAUGGGGCAAAUAAAACAGCGUUUGGAACCAGUACCACCGGUUUUGGGACAGGAACCGGAAGUCUCUUUGGUUCGACUCAGCCGACGCCCAGCCUCUUCAAUAAACCUUUUGGUCAGCCCACCACCGCCCCAAACACAGGUUUCUCAUUCACCAACACCAGCACCCUUGGACAGCCCAACACAAACACGAUGGGCUUGUUUGGAGCUGCCCAGCCCACGCAGACCGGAAGCCUUUUUGGCACAGCAGCCAAUACCAACACAGCAGCUGCCUUUGGAACAGGAACCGGACUCUUUGGGCAGCCCAACACCGGCUUUGGUGUUGGUGGCUCGUCUCUCUUUAGUAACAAGCCUGCUGGCUUCGGCACCACGACCACCAGCGCACCCUCAUUCGGGACGACAACAACUGGACUUUUCGGGUUCAAUGCAAACACCACAGGAAACAGCCUCUUUGGAAACAAGCCUGCAACCGGGGCUCUGGGUCCAGGCCUCGGGGCGGGAUUUGGGACAGCCCUUAAUCCAGGGCAGAAUUCACUCUUUGGCAGCACCCAGCCCAAGCUUGGGGGCACGCUCGGGACGGGAGCCUUUGGUGCCCCUGGAUUUAACACAUCAACCGCCACGUUGGGUUUCGGAGCUCCACAGCCUGCUGUGGCCCUGACGGAUCCCAACGUCUCUGCGGCCCAGCAGGCCGUUCUGCAGCAGCACCUCAACAGCUUGACCUACUCGCCCUUCGGGGACUCGCCUCUCUUCCGAAACCCCAUGUCUGACCCAAAGAAGAAGGAGGAGAGGCUGAAACCAACCAACCCGGCAGCCCAGAAGGCACUGACCACCCCGACACAUUACAAACUGACUCCCCGCCCGGCAACUCGUGUGCGCCCCAAAGCUUUGCAGACAAGCGGCUCCUCCAAAUCCCACCUUUUUGAUGGUUUGGAUGACGAUGAGCCUUCUCUGACCAAUGGGGCCUUCAUGCCCAAGAAGAGCAUUAAGAAGCUGGUUUUGAAGAACCUCAACAGCGGCAGCCUCUUCUCUCCCGGCGGUGCUGAAGUGGAUGACAUUGCCUCGCCUUCCAUCUAUCCUGAGAAUGGGGAUCGGUUGGGUAGUGAGAACCAUAGACAGGACGAGGAGCAGGAAGACGACAGCUACUCCCGGGAAAUGUCCAGGUUCUUAGCCAACGCCAUUACCAAGCCCCUCCCCCAGACUCCAGAGAACGCCUCACACAAGCAUCACAACAACAGUGUGGACGACACCCUCAUGGCCCUGAAUGUGCGGCCAGCCCUGCGGAACGGGCUGGAAAACAGCCUGGAGGAAGCUUCCUACCACGAGGAGUCCCUGCAGGAGGACCUGGACAAGGAGAGCGAAGAGCAGCUCCAUCCCACCCAUCCGGCAGGAAUUGUCUUGACGCGAGUGGGCUACUACACCAUUCCCUCCCUGGAGGAGCUAGCCAGAAUGACCAGUGACACGGGAGAGUGCAUCGUGACCGACUUCACUGUCGGCCGUAAAGGCUACGGCUCCAUCUACUUUGAGGGCGAGGUCAAUCUGACCAACGUGAACCUGGAUGAGAUCGUGCACAUCCGCAGGAAAGAGGUCAUAGUCUACCCAGAUGAUGAAUUGAAGCCCCCCAUCGGGGAGGGCUUGAACAGGCGAGCCGAAGUCACCUUGGAUGGAGUUUGGCCCACGGACAAAACCUCGCGCUCCUUGAUCAAGAGCCCAGAACGGCUGACAGACAUGAACUACGAAGGCCGACUGGAAGCCGUCUCUCGGAAACAGGGAGCCCAGUUUAAGGAGUACCGCCCCGAAACUGGUUCAUGGGUAUUCAAGGUGGCCCACUUCUCAAAGUACGGCCUGCAAGACUCCGAUGAGGAAGAUGAGGACAACGUAGCCAAAGUGGAGGCUAAGAAGCUAAAAACCGCUCAGGUGCCCCUGCCAGGCCAGCCGAUGUCUCAGCAAAUGGCUGCACCUCCUUCCAAGAGCCCUGAGGCUGACCGUCUGGGGAAGGGGGUCGAAUUUGACAGUGACAUGGCAGACAUCACCCAAGACCUGCUUCCUGAGUCCAUGGCGGAAGAGAAUCUGGUGGAAGAACAGGAGCCGGUGCCGGCCUCGACCCAUAUUGCGUCCUCCCUGGACAUCAACCCUCACACGCUGCAGAUCAUGAAGGCUUCUUUGCUGGCAGACGAGGAAGAACCGGACUGGAUGACGGAUCCCCAGUUUGGCAAGGCAGCUGCAGAGAUGGACCCUUCGCAAGAGACCUGCUCUCCGAGGAUUCCCAUCUCCUCCUCCUCCUUACGAGGAUGGAAAAGCCGCCCCCCAGGUAGCAGGCUGCUGCAGUCAAGACUGUCCACCGGUUCUUUCCUGCUCCCAAACGCCUCCCUCCAGGACCGCUGCAGUCCGAGGACUUCCUCACUGGGCGGGGUUUUGCCUGCCCCGCCUUGGGCUGCUCUUUCUCCCCUGGCCUCUGCCUUCGUCAUGCCACACUCGGCUCCUGAAAUGCCCCUGAAAACCGUGGGCGUCCGCAGGCAGCCAGGCCUGGUUCCCCUGAAGAAAUCGAUUGCCUAUGGGAAAGGACGGCUGCUGAAGGACAUGGCCCUCUUCGUGGGACGCUCCUUCCGGGUGGGCUGGGGGCCCAACUGGGUUUUGGCCCACGGCGGAGACCGCUUGAGCCCCCUGAGUGAGCCGGAAGAUCACGGGGAGGUCACGGAAUACGGAUUCUUGCCAGCUCCCGUGGCACCAAAGCAGGUCUCCGAGUCCCCCUUCAAGGUCCACCUGGAGAAGCUGACCUUGGACGGCAAGCAGACCGACCGCGUCUACCUCCUCCCGUUGGAGAUCAAGCUGAAGCACAGCACCGUCCACCUGGAUGACCCCUGCCCCUUCCUGGCCCCCAACCCCGGCGUGGCAACCAUCCAUGAAUAUGCCGCCUGGGCCUCGGAGGUGUCGGAAGACGCAGAAGAAGAAGAAGAAGCGGUGGUGAGGGUCUGGGGCCUGGUCUGGCGCUUGUGCGAGGCACUGUGGGGCCGCCUGAAAGAGCUGGAGGGGCGCCUGGAGGAGCCCGACGAGUAUGGGCUGCUGCUGGAGCGCCGGAGGGCCUUCUCCCACUGGCUCUCCCGGACGGCGGCCGAGCGGAUCCAAGAGGAGGUCUCGCUCCGGCAGAACGACAGCCCCGCCGAGGCCGUCUUCAGCUACCUCACCGGGAAGCAGAUCGGCAACGCCUGCCGCCUGGCUCAGCAGUCUGGGGAUCUCCGCCUGUCUCUGCUCCUCUCCCAGCUGGUGGGGAGCCAGGAGGUCCGGGAGCUGCUGGCCCUGCAGUUGGCCGACUGGCAUCAGCUCCAAGCAGACAGCUUCAUCCAGGACGAGCGGCUGCGCAUUUUCUGCCUCCUGGCUGGCAAACCGGUGUGGCAGUUAUCCGAGAAGAGAACCAUCAACGUUUGUUCCCAACUGGACUGGAAGCGCUCUCUCGGGGUCCACCUGUGGUACCUGCUGCCUUCGACGGCCCCCCUUUCGAAGGCCCUCAGCAUGUACGAAGCUGCAUUCCAGGUAGGUAGCCGUUGGGGACGCCCAGGGCAGCAGGGCAGCCUGGAGUGGAAACCUCCACCUGAAUUGGGAAGAGAGCGCUCCCGGCAAGGGAAUAAUGGGCUCGGCCUUUCUCUGGCCCAGGAGGGUCCUUUGGGAGAGCUUUGGCCGCUCUUCUUCACUUGAUGCCCUCCAAAAGGG